AUGAUCAAGGGGGCGAAGCUGUUUGCAUCCUUGAAGCUGAAUAGCGUCAAUAUCAUGAGCAUCAAGAUGGACUAUGAUGACGUACAAUACGAUACCAUUGACAUGUUUCAAGAUGGGAGCUGUCAAUGCCCGCUCAACCACACUCAUACCUGCCCUGCUGGGCAGGUCAUCGACAAGUCAUGCACCAACAACAUCUUCAACAAGAAAGUCGAGAGCUGGAAGAUCUGGCUGAAUGGAAAAGGUACCAAGAAGAGGGACGAGAAGGCUGCACAGCCUUUUGAGGCCUAA